AUGUUGAGGCCGUCCUCCGUUCGUCUACAACGCACAAGUAGUGAAACGAAAAACGGUGAAACUACAAACAUUAACAAUUCUAAUGACAUUGCAAGGAAGAGACAGCUUGAAAAGGACGAACGAAUAAGGAAGAAAGUUGAACAUGAUCUUACUAGAACGAAUAAACUUUAUGGUAAAAGGACUCUUGAUAAAAUACCAAAGACAGCAGGUUCAGUUGGGAGCUUGAGACCUUCUACCGCGAUAACUUUAUUAGCUACAGCAGUACUCAUUGUAGAUGAAUCAGAGAAUUUGAUAGGAAUUGUUACAGAUAAAGACUUGGCAUUCAGGGUGUGCGCUGAAGGUCUCAAUCCUAAUGCAACAUCCCUCGCAGAUAUAAUGACUAGGGAUCCUGAUUGUGUUACAACAUCUUCUACUGCUCAUGAAGCUUUAAAUCGCAUGGUUUCAGGUGGAUACCGACAUUUGCCACUUCUUGAUGACUCAGGUGAAAUCAUAGGACUUCUUGAUAUUACCGAAUGUUUAUUUCAUGCUCUCGCAAGACUUGAAAAAGCUCACGCAUCAACAAAACAGCUAUUUGCUGUUUUAGAAGAUGUUACAGAUAUAAACUCUUUAAAUAAAGCUGAUUUUUCAACCAUGGCUGCGCUCAUAAAACAACAUUUAUGUUUUCCUCGAUUGAACUCUGUUAUUGAUUCAUCAAAGUCUCCUCCUGAAGUUUCGAUUAGGACGAAUGUACGAGAUGCUGCUCGAAUAAUGAAGGAAUGUCAUCAGACUGCGGUCUUAGUUGUCGAUGAUAGUAGUCAUAAAACUGUGGGUAUUUUUACAACAAAAGACAUAGUAACUAGAAUCUAUGGUCAAAGUGUUGAACCAACAAAUACUUCAACCGUAAGGGUAAUGACUCCUUGCCCGGAUAUGGUAACAACUGAUACCACAAUCCUGCAAGCCCUGCGUCAAAUGCAAGAUGAACAUUAUCAACAUUUACCCGUAAUCAAUGGCAAAAAGAUCAUUGUUGGGUUGGUUGAUAUUUUAAAACUCACUUAUUCAACAUUGAAUACUUUGAGAACAUUAAAUGGUGAACAAGUGGAAGACGGCCCUGUCUGGAAUAAAUUUUGGAAUACUUUAACACCUGAAGAUCCUAAAUCUGAGGGUUCGUCAGAUCCUCCUAUAAACGAUACUUUACUAUCAAAUUCUGUAGAUCUUCCUGUAAUAAGGCAAAGACCUAAUUCUACUAUUCUGACUCCUCCUUCAACGGAAAGUGUUUAUUCACGGAGAGAUUCCCGUAUUUUCAACAAAUUAGAUGAUGGUCAUUUUAUAUACAAGUGUAAAUACGAAGGAUCUGACCAAUCUCAUAGAUUCACUUCUGAUACUCAAAACUUCUCUGAAUUAUGCAAAUUAGUUCGAUCAAAGAUGCACAUUUCCGAAAAAAUUGAUAUAUCUAUUAGCUAUAUCGAUGAAGAAAAUGAUAAAAUUAUGUUAACUUCAGAUGAAGAUAUGAUCAUCGCUAUGGAUGUUGCAAAAUGUCAAAAAUCUCCAUUGAUUCGAUUAUGUGUUGAAACAAAGUCUAAUUCGUUAAAUAAAGUUCAUCGUACCAUUAAAAAUGAUGAUGACAUACCCUCCGCUCGGAUAUCUACUCAACCAACACAGUUUCCUAUUUCAGAAAGCGCUGCAGCUGUGACGAUCGGAGGUUUCCUUUCCAUUGGAGUUGCUAUCGGUGUAGGUGUAAUGUGGGUUGCUAAAUCAAAAUGA